ACGAGUAUUAAGCCUGAACACUUCUGAGAAUCCACCCGGUAGUCACAAUGCCAGACAGAGAAGAAUAUCCUAUUUUUCAGCGUAGUGACCAGAUUUUGCCAGAAACCAUGGGAUUCCGUUCGACGCAGGCGGCUAUAUUUAAAGGAUCAAGGCGAAAGCUGUUUCGGUCUCUUCCCGAAGCCGACAGAGAGGCCGGGCUCACCGUUUCAAUAUUGCUUGCACUGGGCAUCUUGACUGCUGGGAUUUCAAUAUUGCAGUUGGUCUCCAGAGAGAGCACGCGGCCUCAGAAUAUCAAGCAAGGCACCAACAGCUACGCACAUCAACCCGGGAAGUAUGCCAGAGACGGCAAAAGUGCCACUGGUACAGUUCAUAUUGAUGGCGGCGGAGCAGAUCAGGCUCAUCGAAACAGUCAGGCAACCAUUGGAGACAGAAUCCAAGAGGCCUCCAGGAGCAUCGUCAACACCAUCCAGCCCCAUAACCAAAGCCUCAAUGCCGGGAAUCUGGCCACUGAAGAAACAACGGUGGAAGACUACAAGCAACCAGAACCCGCGAAGGACACUUGCAAAACGGAUGGCUGCGUAGCUUUUGGAAAGUUUAUGCGUAAUUUCAUCAACAGCAGCAUCGAUCCAUGCGACGACUUUCAUGCUUUCGUAUCUGGGAGAGCUACGCUGGACUAUAACUACGUAGAAGCCGCUGCAAAUGAAGCUGCAGCCAUUGUGUCCAGGACUCUUAUGCGACGGAAAAUUGGUUCACAACUCUCACCACUGGACAAGGCGGCGACACUCUUUCAGGAAUGUUUGAGGGAAAAGACAUUAGAGGACAUCGUAACAGCUUACAAGUUUGCGAAUGAGAACGGCCUACACUUUGAUUACACAUCGGCUGCCGCUCUAAGUGACGACCCAGUGGCAGCUAUGAUACGUCUAGCGGCCUGGAUGGGCAACGGAAUUCUGUUCAGCAUGGACGUCUUUGCCGGUAAUGCAUGGGACUCGAAUGACAUCAUCAAGGCCCCCAUUGUUAUAAGGCCCAACGAAGAGUUUGUUGACUGGAUUACGGACCCGUCCGCACGACAUGACAGGUUGGCCAUACGGAAUCUUGUCGAAGCCUUCGACCGUGACCGGGGCAAUAUCGCCGACAUCGAAUCAAUACUGCUUAACUCUACUGACGUCAUCUACACAACAUGGAGUUCGGCUCGGGUUAUGGAAUCGGGUGAAUGGCACGGGAAGAUGAAAGAUUUGUCCACUAUAUCGCGCCAUAUCAAUUCGCAGGCUGUUCUGUCGCAGAUCAACAAGAAAGAACGGAUAUAUUCCUUUACAAACCAGGACAGCUUGCUAGUUACAAACGAAAGAUUGCUCGAGUUUAUCGACACCGUUGUUUCAUGCAACGACAAAACGUGGCUUACCAUUUAUUUAACAUACGAACUUCUCAGGCAAAUUGACCCCUAUGUAAGGCAGUUCAACAUGAACAUAUUCAUGGAAAAGUCUUCAACCCGUUGCCUCGCCCUGCUGCAGCCUUACAUGAGUGUUGUUGCCCACACUGACCUACUGCGGCAGCAUUUGAGCAGGGCUGACUACCAGCGCGUUGCCAGUAUCUACGAUGAAGUUAAGAAAGCUGCAGAGUCAUUCAGCGAUCAACGAGUGACGUCCUCAGUCUUAAACACCAUGUCUAUUCAAAUAGGGUACCCCGAAGACUUUCGAAACGAGGCCAAUCUCGAAAAGGUUUACGCCCACUUCCCAAAUAUGACCGGCGUUUUCUUCCAAGACUUCCUUGGUUGGAAAGCAGCACAGUACGGGUUCCGCAUGCAACCUCACAGUGACCUUUUAGACCGAUUUACCACCUUCGAACCGACAUCUGAUUACGAUGCAGCUCGUCACGCAAUCCUGCUCUAUGACACCAUACUUCUUCCGCAGACUUUCUACGGCGACGGUUCGGAUGCAGCCACGUACGGCGCCGUUGGAUCGGCUAUAGCACUCCAGAUUGGAAGGGCGCUUGACUCCGAAGGUGCUUGGGCUGAUGAAGCGUUGAAGCAGUGGCGGGCCAAUAGGAUUUCGUGUCUUCGAAAGAUGUUAAACUCUGACGCGGUAGAAGAGCACUUUGCGUCUUUCCUCUUUAUGCGUUCCCUUCGAAGUAGUUUCAUGAAUAGCCCUCAUAGCAGCAAGCGACGAGUUGUUGGCCUCGAAGAAUAUUCUGCCGAGCAAGUCUUCUUUAUGGCCUCCUGUAUCAUACACUUCGGCAGUGGCGUACGUACCCCAGGCAAUUGGACAAAUGCGGAACGGUGCAAUAAUCCGCUGAAGAAUUCGCCGGCCUUUGCUCACGCAUUCGGUUGUAGCAAGGGUUCCAAAAUGAAUUCCGGAAGGCAGUGCCUGCUCUGGUAAUCUACGACAACGCGCUUCUUGAUGGCGCUUCUGGAUGGCGCCAAAGCAAGGUAGCUUUCAUUGCUAUAAAAGGGCGAUCUGCUGUGCAGUGAUGCGUAUUCGCCGUUGUCGCUUUCAAAAAAGCAAGAAACGCAAUGUUUUAUUCCUUUUUAUGUAACGUAGCACUGUGUGUCAAAUAAACCACGAUACUGUCUAAAAAUAAAGCACCGUGUCUGAGAGA